GCCCUUUUCUGUUGGAGGAAGGAUCUAUAUAUUGUGCAGGGACCAACCCUUUAACUGGGUAACAUAAUGCUGUGUUAGAAACUAACACUUUUACACAAUGGCAGAUAACUGCAUCACAGCAGCUCGGAUGGCGGAAAAGAAGUUCCUAAUAUCACAGCUAACAAAUUAUUUAAGAGAAGAUCGUAUUCAGUUAUGGAAAACCCCAUACACAGAAGAUAAUCAGGAAGCCGGUCCGGAGCUAAAGGAGUUAUCUCAGAAAUAUUCUGACAAGAUGAAAUACGAUUUAGAUGACAUUACGUGCGCAUUGGAGGAAAUUCGCCAAUCUUCAAUCCUGCGUGGUACUGGAAAUCAAGCUUUCAAAGAAAAGGGCGUAGCCACCCUACAUGUCUUCCUUCCACGAAAACUUAAUAAAGGCUCAAAAAACUAUUUGGAAACUUCUUUGAAUAUCACUGGCAAAGAGCUAAAGUGUCAGAUAGCACAAACUUAUGGACUCCAAGAAAAUUACAUCAAAAUAAUAGUUAACAAAAAACAACUGGAGACUGACAGAACUCUUCAAGAGCAAGGCGUCAGUCACAAUGUCAAAGUGCUCGUCCUUGAGCUUAAUUAUUCAGAGGAAGAAGCUAAAAAAAGGACUCAUGAUGAAGAAAAGGAAAGGGAGAGUGAUGUGAAAAAGGAAGAGAGUGUUAAAAAGAAGAUCAUGCGGACUAAAAAGGGCCUGGAGAUUCUAGCAGAAAGAGGUGAAUCUUAUGAUGUCGACACAACUCCUUAUUUGGAGAUUGCAAAUCAAACAGGAAGAUCGCUUAAAAUUCCUCAGGCUGAAAGGAAGGCGCUAAUGCUUGCAAUGGGCUAUCAUGAACGAGGGAGAGCAUUCCUUAAAAGAACAGAGUAUGCUUUAGCAUUGCCCUUUCUGUUGGAUGCCGAUAAGCAUUUCUGCGAGUGUGGCACAGAGUUGCUGAAUUCAGUGGACAAUUAUGCAGUUCUGCAGCUUGAUAUUGUGUGGUGCUUCUUCCGUCUGGAACAGUUAGAUUGCUUGGAUGAUGCAGAAGCAAAGUUGGACAUUGCCCAACAGUGUUUUAAUAAAUGCUAUGGAGAGAAUCAUGAACGAUUGGUCCAUCUAAAGGGUAGUUAUGGAAGAGAGAAGGUCUUAUUUCUGAGGCUUUAUCUGUUGCAAGGAAUUGUGAGUUACCACAGCGGUAAAGCCAAAGAGGCAACUGUAAAACUUGCCCGGGCGCAGAGCUUAUACAGCGAGCUUUCUAUAGACCCAACAAAAGUCGAGAACCUAUUACAGCUAGGUUGUACAGCACAGGAGGCUCGUCUGGCUCUAAGAGCGUGCGAUGGGAACGUAGAGCAUGCUGCAAACCAUAUUGCCUCCAAAAGAGAGGAAAAGGCAAAAAUUAAAAAAGAAGAAAGGGAAAAACGUAGGAAGAGGCUGGAUAAAAUAAAUAUCUUGAGAGGAAUGGGCUAUUCGGAACAAGCUGCUGCUGAUGCUCUUAGCCAGACUGAUGGGGACAUAGAACGUGCUGUUCAGAUUCUUCUUGAUAAUCCAGACCGUUUAAUUUCACAAGGGAACCUCAUUCCUGCGUUUUCCUACAAAGCUCCCCAAGAAAGUAUUGAUCAGUUGGUGUAUAUUGGCUUUGAUCCUGAAACAGCAGAAUUGGCUCUACAACUGUUCCAGGGCAAUAUUGAACUAGCAGCACAGAUGUUGGCUCAUAAUCAAGGAUCUAUUCCUCCGAAGUUGCUGCAAGAGUUAGAGAAAACUCCAACCACAACAGAGUCUUCCGCCUCGUCGUCAGAAUCAGCUGGAACAAGUGCAUCAAUAGCAGAUGAACCCUACGUUGAUCCAGUCAAAGAGAUUUUAGAUGAUAUACCUGAGCACGAGGAGGAUUAUUUAGACUUAACUUUAGAAGAAGAAAGCCUAGUGAUUGGUGAAUACCUUUCUUACCUGGAAAAGCUCUAGUGUUCCUUGCCAUGCAGCACUUUAUAUUAAAGAAUAACUCAGUGUUUGUUGCAACUGACGAAGAAAUCACCAGCAUAGCACAUUGUAAUUCUUUGGCCAUUUUGUGUUUGUUAGGCUCAUACCAUAUCAUAAUCACUGGGUCACAGCAAUCCCCACAAAGUUUAAAUGGAAAUUGUAAUGUAUUUUUUUUAUAACUGACUGUAAUACUGAGAAUUCCAACACUUAAGUGUAGGCUUAAAAUUGCAAUACAUAGCCGGGCCUCCCUUAAAAUCUAGUUUAAAGGGGUAUUGUACCCAAUACAUGUUUUUCAUUUAUAUGAAGGAACAGCAAUUAAAUAUGUUGCAAAUAUUUUUUGUGCAAUAACAGGUUACAUAAAAACUGUCUAAAGUGAAACGAAAAGGAAGUGCAUGAUUGUGUUUAGUUUCUCUGUUGCUCACUAGUUUUUAGAGACAGCCCCCACAGGAAAAAAGUUGGUUUAUUCAGCACAGGGUUAUCAGUUCUUUGAAAACACUUUAACCCCUUUGCCCAAUCCGACAUAGAUCUGUGUCAUGUGGUGCAAGUUCCAGCGUACCGCAUAACACAGAUCUAUGUCUGACAUGUUUGCAGCCCUUGCGGGUGACUACCGAGACUUGCGUUUAGUGGGCAUCUGCCUUCAUAUUAUAAGGGAGCACACUGUCUGUAAUGAUCAUCCAUUGGUGCCGUGGGAGGAAAAGAGGGAGACGGGUAGGUGGCCCAGUGGGGGAGGGAGGGGCAGAGUUCCCUUCACUACAGCAAAAAAAGGUUUUGGAGGGAUGGGGUCCUACGCUACAGAAAAUAAAGUAUAGGUUGGAGAGGGAGGUGAAUCUCUGCACUACAGAAAACAAGUGAUCUCUUAGAGGGGGAACCCUACACUUCAGAACAAUAUAAUAAAUAAAUAAUAAUAAUACAAAUAUAUACUAAUUUGUUACUGGAAGGCUAGCUGCCAGUAACAAAAAUGGAGGGGGAGGCUCAGAGAGCAGUUUGGGGGGAAAUCAGAGGGGUGGGAAAGUAAGGAAGGAACAUGAAGCACUUUAUAUUGAAGAAUAACUUUGUGUUUGUUGCAAUUGCAACUGAAUAAAAAGUCACCAGCAUAGCACAUUGCAAUUAUUUGUCCUGGGGCCAUUUUGUGUUUGUUGGGCUCACACCUCAUCAUCAUUACGACUGGGUCACAACAAUCCAUACAAAAUUUAAAAGCAAAUUAUAAUGUAUUUUUAUAACUGACUGUAACAGAAUUCCAAUUGCAAUACGUAGCCGGGCUUCCCUUGAGAUCUAGGUUAAAAGGGUUUUUGUACUCAGUAUAUGUCUUUCAUGUAUAUGAAGGAGCAACGGUUAAAUGUGUUACAAAUAUUUUUUUUGCACUAUAACAGGUUACGUAAAAUCUGUCUAAAGUGAAACAAACAGGAAGUGCAUGAUUGUGUUUAGUGUCUCUGUUUCUCACUGGCUUAUAGGGACAGCUCCCACAGAAAGUUGGUUUAUUUAGCACAGGGUUAUCAGUUCUUUCAAAACACUUUAAAACAUUUUGAAACCUUCUCUUAAUUGGAACAGAGAAUUUUGAUUAUUGUGUCCAUUUUAUCAGAGACUGUUAUACAGAUGAUGAUACUAUAGUCGCAAGCUGAAGGGCAGGUAGAUAUUUUCAUUGGUUAAAUUUACUUGUUGAGAUAAUCUGAUUUAUGGAGCAGCCACAACAUAUUAAAUUAAUAGUAAAUAAAGGGGACUUCAGUCAUAAAGUAUAAAAUAUUUCAUGCUAAUAAUUCCUUUAUUUGCUUGCAGUGUUCGCCGUGCUGGCACCUCAAGCCACCCGCAGCAGAACACUACUUUUUCAAUAAGGGGACGUUUUCACCUCAUAGCCAAUAGCUGUGUGGGCCAGCUGGCAUUGUGCUGGAUAGCUAGCAUGCUAUUGGCUAAGAUCACCUCACUGAAAAAUAGCGUUUUGCUGUGGGUGGCCUGAUGCGCUCAGCACAUCAUAUGCUGCAGACAAAUAAAGCAUCUUUCAGAAUGAAGUAUUUUAUACUUCAUGACUGAAUGUCCCCUUUAUUUGUUACACUGGUAAAUCCUAGCGAUCACAUUUAUAGCAGUGCUGCUAUAAAACUUUUUUUUUUGCUGUGCCCAUCCUAAUAUGAUUUUACAACAUCAGUAUCCAAAUCUCCUACAAACUGUGUCUGACUCAUACCUGCUUGGAUAUGAAUUGGAUCGGCCAAUUACUCAUUCAUUUAGAAUAAACCGUCUUUGCUCAAUCAGCAACAUUCUUAAACUUGUAUCUUCUACAGCAUGCUGUGAAAUGCCGUUGGUUCACAUGCCAUUACCAUGAUAUUUAAUCUUUCCUUUUAUGGACUCCUGAGAAAUUGCUUUAGGUAAUGAAAAUACUUACUUGAUUUUAAUAUAAAAUUAUUUUGUAUAUAACAGUACCACCCUUCUGGGUAAUAUCUGUCAUUGCUAAGUCUCUGGCUUUGUAUGCUUUUAUUAAAACAAUGUAUAAAAACUUAGUUUUUAUUAGAGCAAUAUAAAUACUUUACAUGGCCUGCCAAAAAGGUCAGCAUUUUAUAAUGUCGGGACUGUUGUUUGAUCGCCUGUUUUUUUUAUUUUUAUUUUUCAGGAAAUUUCUACAUUUUUCUGUAUAAAAAAUUUGUUGCUAGUCUGAUUAAAAUGUUAGCCAGUUGGCAAAAGUUGUACAUUUGAUUUUUAAUAUAAAGCCCUUUCCACUUACCAGUUGGAUAUAAACAGUUCCUUGUUUCAAUGUCAGGAAAUCUAAUGCACAACAAACUCAUCAUUUUGUUCUUCUGAAAGGUAUAGAAAACUUGGAACUGGAAGAGCAAAAAUAGUGAAAUGGUGCAAAAUAUAUGCUGAACCUAUAAAAUCCAGAUGAUAUGAAUACGUUUGUAUAAUAAAACAUAUUGCAUUAUAACUUCUAGUAGCACAUAAAUCAUUGCAGUUUAUUUACAACAGGUAAAACUAAACUUUGCCAAGUAUUUUAAAUCAAGUGCCUUCUACAAUGGAGCCGAAUACUUGUAAAUGUGAAAACUUACAUGAAAUCAUUUGUAUUUUUUUAUUGUCUUUUAAUGUUAUAUUUAAGAAUCCGAUAAUUAAUAUUUACAUUGUGUUAUUUUUAGGAAUUUUUAAAUCUCCUUUGUAUAAACUCUAUUACAUUUUCAUAAAUAAUAAAUGGAUUUAUAUAUAAAUUCUAUUUUCCUCAUUCUGGGUUAAAACUAUGAUUUGUAAUGCAUCUCUGCAAAUGUUUGCUAUAAACUUGCUUUUUUCCAUGUAAUUCUGUUCAACAUCCAACAAUAAAAAAUUUACAAAUGGUAAGACAGGAAGAAUAAUUUUGUAA